GUCGGUGGAAAUUUUGCGAGUGCGGGUUUGAUUCGGUGCUGAAAAGUGCAUUUUUCCCGUGGAAUUCAUCGUGAAAAUCGUGUAAAUUUGUGCAGAUUGCGUGCGUGACUGCCCCCAUAAGCAUCUGUCGACACCUGUGAUGGCCCAAGACGCCGUGGAUGUGCCCCAAAGUGUGCCGGAUAACCAAAAAACAAAAAUCGAUGAGGCCACCGUCACAGUGAACGCCGUUCCCGAGCAAAAUGGCAAGAAAAAGGCAGGCGGGAAUGGGAAGAAGCGACAGCAGGAGGGAAAGUCCUCUCAGGACGCCACUCCGGAAGUCGUGAAUGGACACGAUGGCACCGUGGCGACGAAUGGACACGACGAGGCGAAGCCUGGCGAGGGUGAAGCGGGCGAGGAUGUGCUGGAGUUGAUCCAGGAUUCGGGAUUUACGGUGCAAAUCAUCAGUCCGGGUGCGGAGCCGCUGUCGAUUCAGGUGUCGAGCAUGGAGCUGGUGCAGGAGAUCCACCAGUUGCUGAUGGACAGGGAGGACACGUGCCAUCGGACGUGCUUCUCGCUGCAACUGGACGGCGUGACGCUGGACAACUUCGCGGAGCUGAAGAACGUGAAGGGACUGAAGGAGGGCAGCGUGCUGAAGGUGGUGGAAGAGCCAUACACGAUGCGUGAGGCGCGCAUUCAUGUGCGUCACAUUCGCGAUCUGCUGAAGUCCAUUGAUCCGGCGGACGCGUACAAUGGCCUGGAUUGCUGCUCGCUCACGUUUUUGCUACACAUCACGCAGGGUGAUUUGCUGGAGAAGAAGAAGACACGUCCGGAGAGUGUGGAUUGCACGCCGCCUGACUACAUUAUGCCCAAGACGCGUGACAGACCAAUGAUGCCACUGCAGCCGGGUGUGAAGGGUGCAAAGACGACGCAAGCGUUGAAGAUUCUCACCACGAGUGCGUGGAAUCCGCCGCCUGGGCCGCGGAAGUUGCACGGCGAUCUCAUGUAUUUGUAUGUGGUGACGAUGGAGGAGAAGAGAUACCACAUUUCCGCCUGUCCGCGUGGCUUCUAUGUCAACCAGUCCACAGACGAUGUGUUCAAUCCCAAGCCGGACAAUCCUAGCUAUUUAUCACACUCGCUGGCCGAUCUGCUGGCCAUGCUCUCGCCCACGUUCAAGCGUGCCUUUCCGCAGAUGCAGAAGAAGCGCACGCAGAAGCACCCUUUUGAGCGCAUCGCGACGCCCUAUCAGACAUACGCUUGGUGUUCACCGCAGCAGGAGCACACGAUUGAUGCCAUCCGGGCGGAGGACACGUUCUCCAGCAAAUUGGGCUAUGAGGAGCACAUUCCGGGGCAGACGCGCGACUGGAAUGAGGAGAUUCAGACCACGCGUGAGUUGCCCAGGAAGAACUUGCCGGAGAGAUUGCUGCGCGAGCGCGCGAUCUUUAAGGUGCACAGUGACUUCGUGACGGCGGCCACGCGCGGCGCCAUGGCCGUGAUUGAUGGCAACGUGAUGGCCAUCAAUCCGGGCGAGGAGACGAAGAAUCAGAUGUACAUCUGGAAUAACAUCUUCUACUCGCUGGGAUUUGACAUUCGCGAUCACUACAAGGAUCUCGGCGGCGAUGCGGCCGCUUUCGUUGCGCCGCGCAACGAUCUGCACGGCGUGCGAGUGUACAGCGCUGUGGACGUCGAGGGAUUGUACACGCUGGGAACAGUGGUGAUUGACUACAGAGGCUAUCGUGUCACGGCGCAGUCAAUCAUCCCGGGCAUUUUGGAGAAGGAACAGGAGCAGAGCGUUGUGUAUGGAUCGAUAGACUUUGGGAAGACGGUGAUAACGCAUCCGCGCUACCUUGAGUUGCUGAAUAAGGCUAGUCAACAUCUGAAGAUCCUGCCGCACGAGGUGCUGAAUGAGAAGGACGAGGCGGUGGAGUUGUGCUCGUCUGUGGAGUGCAAGGGAAUCAUUGGCAACGAUGGUCGCCACUAUAUUCUUGACUUGCUGAAGACUUUCCCGCCGGAUGUGAACUUCCUGAAGCUGGAUGAGGAGCUGAGUCAGGAGAUCAGGACACUUGGGUAUCCCAUUGAGCAGAAGCACAAGCUGAGUUGUCUGAGGCAGGAAUUGCUAGACGCCUUUGUCGAUGAUCGCUAUGUGACGUUCAUCAAGCACGCGGCUUUCCAUCUGCAGAAACUCAAUGCGGCGAAGAAGGCGGCUGAAGUGGAGCAGGAGGCGACGGACAAGGAGGUGACAAAGCCGGAGGCGAACAACAAUGUGAAGGCCGCGGAGGCGGUGAAGAUGAUGGAAUCAAUGGCUGAGGGUGUGAUUCCGGAGAAAUUGGCCACAGACUCGAGGGAUGUGGUGAAGAGGGCUUGUGCAGCUGUUGGGAGUCUGAAGGAGACUGAAUUUGAUAUAAGAUUUAAUCCGGAUGUCUUUUCGCCCGGAAUCAAGCACGUGGACGCCACCGAGGCAGCCAAUUCGCUGCGCAAGCAGAAGCAAUUGGUGAAAGAUGCUGCUGAGUUUCUUGUGUUGAAGCAAAUUCCGGCCUUUGUGCAGGAUUUUCUCGAUCACGCGUCAGCACCAAUGGACGGCAGUACACUCACGGAGGCACUUCAUGCCAGGGGAAUAAAUAUCCGGUAUCUGGGCAGAGUGGCGGCGAAGUUGUCGCAGGUGAAGUCACUGGAGUAUCUGCACUCGAUUGCAGUGUCUGAAUUGAUUCUGCGUUCGGCGAAGCACAUCUUUACGGCCUACAUGCAAAAUUGUGAGAUGAUGUCCAUGGCAUUGGCGAUUUCACACUUCCUGAACUGCUUCCUGGCAUCGGGUGUGGUGGCAAAUCCGCUGGUGGGUCUGGAUGAGCUGCAGAAGGCGCAGAAGAGACGCGGCCGGCGUCGCAAUGGGAAGCACAUGUCCAGCGUGGGUGUGGACAAUCUCGAGUGGGCGCAGCUCACGCAGAAGAGUCUCUGGCAGCAGAUCAGGCGUGAGCUGAAGCAGUACUGGGACUGGGAUGUGGCCUGUGACAAUCUCGACAGUGCCGUGGAGACGUACAGACUGCAGAGGAUCAGUUUGCUGAGGGCAUUCUGCCUGAAGGUGGGCCUGCAGAUUCUCCUGCGUGAGUACAACUUCGACGCUCGCCAUCGGGCGACUUUCCACGAGGAUGACAUCCUCAAUGUCUUCCCGGUGGUGAAGCACAUCAAUCCGCGCGCCACGGAUGCCUACAAUUUCUACACAACUGGCCAGAGCAAGAUUCAGCAAGGAUGCUUCAAGGAGGGCUACGAGCUCAUCUCCGAGGCACUGAAUCUGCUCAAUAACGUCUAUGGCGCGCUGCAUCCGGAGAACGCUCAGUGCCUGAGGAUGCUGGCCAGACUCAGCUACAUCAUGGGCGAUCCGCAGGAGGCGCUCACCAUUCAGCAGAGAGCUGUGCUGAUGAGCGAGAGAGUCAACGGCAUCGAUCAUCCCUACACAAUUUCCGAAUACACGCACUUGGCUCUGUAUUGCUUCGCAAACAGUCAGAUCAGCACCGCCUUGAAACUCCUCUAUCGCGCUCGCUACUUGGCGCUCCUCAUCUGCAGUGAUGAUCAUCCCGACAUUGCGCUCCUGGACAGCAACAUCAGCCUGAUUCUGCAUGCCGUGGGCGAGUAUGAGCUGUCGCUGCGCUUCCUGGAGCACGCGCUGGCGCUCAACAUCAAGUAUUUCGGCGAAAAGUCGCUCAAGGUGGCCGUGAGCUAUCACUUGGUGGCGCGGACGCAGAGCUGCAUGGGUGACUUCCGGUCGGCGCUGAACAAUGAGAAGGAGGCGUACGCGAUCUACAAGCAGCAGUUUGGUGAGCAGCACGAGAAGACGCAGGAGUCCAGCGAGUGCCUGAAGCACCUCACGCAGCAGGCGGUGGUGCUGCAGAAGAAGAUGAACGACAUCUAUUCGAAUGGGAAGCUGACCACGGGCUUGCCGCCCAUUCACAUCCAGCCGCCGUCGAUGGGCUCCGUCCUGGAGAUGCUGAAUGCCAUCAAUGGCAUCCUGUUUGUGCAGAUCAGCCCGAAGGACAUUGUGAACCUGAAGAAUGAGAUCGAGAAGCGCCAGAGGGUGACUGACGGCGUCCUUGGGGAGCAACAGGAAGAGAUCGAGAGGAUCAUCUCGACGAAUAAGCAGGAUGAAGUGCCACAAACUUCCUCGGCGGCCGCGGACGCUCAGUCUGGCGUCGAGGAGGCGUCCAAGUGUCCGGAGAAUCACGUGGAGGGCGUGAGCGCGUAAUUGGGGCGAUGAAGUAACUUUUGUGUAGGUUCACAAAUUUAGCGCGCGCAGCAAAUGAAUUGGAAGAACGGGCGUUCUCGUAGUCAAGCCGGUUUAGUUGAUCAUCCAAUACUCUAGUUUUUAUCUAGAAUUACUCCCUCGUCACCUUUUUCAUACAUCUUUUUUUUCUCUAGGUUUAUUAGUGAUUGUUUUUGUGAAUUUAGAGAGCGAUGAAUUUAGAAGAGAGAAGGUUUCGGCGUUUGAAGGAAUCAUAUGAGAAAUGGAAGUUUUUCACACUAUGAAUGAAUUAUUCGAUUAUAUUCUACCAAAAAAAAAACACAGCAUCAUCUAAUGUAUCAUUAUAUCUCUUGGGGUAAUGUUUUACUCUAGCAAUCUGUUAAAUAUAUAUAUUUGAUUUUUACUAUGAAAAUCGAAUAAAUAAAAGCCAAUUAAUUGA